UGGCCACAAAGUAAAUUUGCGAUAUGUUAACGUCAAAAAUUUCUGAAAAUUGAAAUUAUGAGCAGUUAUUUGUGUUAUGAGGAUAAGGAAUUUGGCGGUUGAAAGUUUGAAUUUAUUAAAUAAAAAUGACUCUAAUUUUCACAUUUGUACAAAUAACCUGAAGUUGCACGAACUCACGAAGCUAUUUUUAAUUUUGAUUCAGUACCUACAAGUUUUUUUUGUGAUACUGAUAGUUUUUUAUUUCAUUUUUAACUUACUUUUCUCCAAUUAUGGAGGCAAUAUUCCAUGAAAAGCAAGAAGGCUCUCUCUGUGCUCAACACUGUCUGAAUUCCCUUUUGCAAGGACCUUACUUUACUGCCGUAGAUUUAAGUACAUUAGCUCAAAAAUUGGAUGAAGAAGAGAGACAACGAAUGGCAGAAUGUGGUGAGGAAAGCGAGGAAUAUCAGAAAUUUUUACAACAACCAUCGGGUAAUAUGGACGACAGUGGAUAUUUCUCUGUACAAGUUAUUAGCAGUGCCCUGCAAGUAUGGGGUUUGGAAUUAGUGCCUUACAGUAGUACAGAUGAACGAAUUAAUAUGAAUGAACCAAGUAAAAUGAAAGCUUUUAUAUGCAAUUAUAAAGACCAUUGGUUUACGAUAAGAAAAAUAGGUAACCAGUGGUUUAAUCUAAACUCCUUAUUAACUAAACCAGAAUUAAUUUCGGACACAUACUUAACCUUAUUUUUGGCACAACUGAAAAAUGAGGGUUAUUCAAUAUUCGUUGUGUUUGGAGAUUUUCCGGAAUGUAGUGCAGACGAAGUUCUUAAAAAUAAUCCUGUUAUGCCGACUCUGAGACAAUCGCUGCGAUCAGUCGUGUCUAACGAGAAUGAUCCCGACAUACAAGCAGCUCUUCAGUUAAGCCUGAGAGAGGAACAAAGUUGUUACACACCAGAAACAGAGGAUCAAGAAUUACAAGAGGCGCUUAGAUUAAGUUUACAGAAUUUUAAUAGUAGUCCAGAAGAGGAUGAUGAGGAAGCAUUACUGGAAAAAGCCAUUAACAUGAGUUUACAGUGUUAGUGAUUAAACUGUAAGGUUUAAAUAAAUAUGAAGUAGGUAUUUGUAGUAUAUGAACAUUCUAACAAAACUCUAUUUAUUUGACUGCAAAGAUCGCUUAUCUAUUUCAUUGAAAUAAAUUUUAUGUGACCAUACUUUCGUAAUUAUAAGCACAUCACAUGUUAAUGUUAGGUAUCGGUGAUAAUGCUUUCGACUAUCAAAAACCCAUAGUUUGUGUACAUUGAUUCUAGAAGCAGUAUUGAACUGUAAUUUUAAUAAAUUAGUAGAUCUAAAAACAUUGCCACGAGUUAGUCUCAUUAGAAAUAUUUUAAUAUUUUCUUUUGAUGUUUCGUUUCAAAGUCUAUUGUAUGGGUGUUAAUAGUCGAUUUUCACAUAAUGGGGUAUGGCCUGUUUCCCUACUGUGUCAUUCAAUGCAGGCCUUCAUUGGCUAAUUAAGAAGUCGGGAACUUAUUUAGCCAGAAGCUGCUUGCAUUUAAUGGAACCUUAUGUGAACAUCAACUUUAAUUCUAUGUUUCUUUUAAUCUUUUACUACCAAGAUGCAAUAAGACUUGAACGUGUUCAAUAAAUGUAUUAAAUUUUUCUCGAACCACCUACAGACGAAUGAAUUGAGAUAUGACCUUUAUGCCAGUAAAGAUUUUACAUUUGAAUGUAUGAACAUUAGAGUAAUUUGAUAGCCAUUUUUUUUCUUAUUUGUAUAUUUUUCAAGAUUAACAAUACUUAUAUCUUAUUUUUAAUGUAU